AUGAACGACUAUAUAAGAGCCACUGAUGAGAACAAUGUUAUAACAAUCACCCCCGAGCCAAUCUUUGUCAUUAAAUCGAAAUUAUUAUCUGAUCCACAAUCGAAAUUGUUCAUUAAUGUAUGUCAUGCCACAAAUGUGCCACCUCCUCGUGAACCAUUUGAUCCACAAAAUACAUAUACAGCAAUCAUGAACAACGAGUGGGAGAUCCCAAUUGUAGCGUCGCAAAUGAGACAGGACACUGAUAAGAAAGGCGAUAUAUGUAUGGUGUCUGACUGUAUUAUCAAUUCUUCUCUGGUGGAUAUAAUUAAUAAUGUAAAUAAUUUCCAGUUGAAACAAAUAUUGGUGGAAUGGUGUAUUGAGAGUAUCGAGAUCAGAGAGAAUGUCAUGAUUCAUAGGGAUGCCAUUAAGUUUCCCAAGAUGAAAUUUAAAGGUCAGGAAUUGCCAGUACUAGAGAUCAGAAAUGAUAGUAUAACAAGUGGAGAGGAGACGGAUCAAUCAAAUAAAAACAAACAAGAGGAUAGCGCAUUGGGGUUUCUACAAAUGAAGAGAGAUCUUAUAGAUAAUGACGAAAUAGAGGACUCUACAAAUGGAUUAAAAACUUUAUUUCCAAACGCAACUACAACAACAAAAAACGGUCGUUCUCAUUCACUAAUUCAAGACAUCACUGAAUCAAACACCUCGGUGACUAAAAAUAAACCUAUCAUUAAUGAAAUAGUAGCACCAGGGAAGAUUGAAAAGAAGGAUGUUCAUUUCAAUGUGACUAUGAGACAGACAAAGGAUACUACCACAUAUAAAUUGAAGAUUGAAAUUGAAUCGGAACUUGAUUCUUCUUUGGAUUUAGAGCUUUCCUAUAAUACUAAUGAGAACUCAUUAUUUGUGAAAAAUAUUAAUCUUCAAGAGUUCAAUGAAUCAAAAUUGGAAAUUCCUUUACCUAAUUUCAUUAAAUCAGAGAAUUUGAAUUUUUCAAAUUUCAAAACAUUUUUCAUCAAGAAACAACAUAAACUUUAUAUUUUUAUAUAA